ACGUGUUGAGCUGUUCUCCUUUUCCUCUCUCUCUCUCUCUCUCUCUCUCUCUCUCUACAUCUUUUUCAAUUCAAAAAUCUCUCUACAAACACACUUGUUGCAAGCUGUAAAUGAAUGUAAUGGAUGUAUAGGACCUUUUGUACUGUUCCUGCCUUCCUCCGUUCUUCUUUUUCUUCCUCCCACAAUAGCUUAAUUGUAUUUUUCUUGUAUUCCCAUAUAAGACUCCUCCUUUUCCAUCUCUUCAACCCCUGUUUUGGGCUUUCUCAUUGUCAUCCAAAAAUGAAGUUUUUGUAGCAUUCUGCGUCACUGUGCCUAAACCCCAUCUCAUUAAAUUUUCUGCUGAGCUCAAGAUAUCCACAAAAGAAGGGGAUUCCAUGCUUUAGAUCCUGUUCUUUGCAGUCUUCUUCUGCUUUUUCCCACUCACUUUGGCAUUUUUUUCAGCAUUUUCCCACAUUUCUUUCCCCGUGUUUGCUUCAAAACUAUUCCGAAAAAUUCAAUCUUUACGCCAUUCUUGAGCAGAUUCCGCAUCUGGGUUUAUCCCCUUCUCGCAGUUUCAGCUCAGAAAUCGCUUUAAGGCUUGACAUUUUAAGCCAUUUUUGAAGAUCUUCUUCACUUGGUUGUUGAGGAAAAAACUAGUCUUUAGUAAUGGCUCCAUCUUUGUACUGGUGGGGAAAGGAAACUCACAGGGGCACCCCUGUGGUAGUGAAAAUGGAGAACCCGAACAAUUGGUCUAUGGUGGAGCUUGAAUCCCCUUCGGAUGAAGAUUUCAUGUAUCCCAACCAUGCCGUUCCCAAAGGUGGUCGCAACAAGAACGCCAAGCAGCUCACUUGGGUUAUUCUCUUGAAAGCCCACAAGGCGGCCGGCUGUCUUACCUCCAUUGGGUCCGCAUUCUUCUCCCUUGCUGCCAUCGUCCGCCGCCGCGUAGCCUCCGGCCGUACGGACUCCACCGACACCAUGUUGACGGAAAACCCAACCAUGAAAUCUAGAUUCUAUACUUGCAUUAAACUCUUCCUUUGGCUCUCCCUGAUACUGCUUGGUUUUGAACUGGCUGCAUAUUUCAAAGGGUGGCAUUUUGGGGCCCCGGAUCUUCAGCUGCAGCGUCUUUAUGCAUUGACACAUCCUUUUGCUGUGAAGGAUGCGUUCGAUUUGCUCUAUUCUAGGUGGGUUUUGAUCAGGGUUGAGUAUCUUGCUCCACCGCUUCAGUUCUUGGCCAAUGUGUGUAUUGUGCUCUUCCUCAUCCAGAGCAUGGAUAGGCUAGUCCUGUGUUUGGGCUGUUUCUGGAUCAAGCUCAGGAAGAUCAAACCGGUACCCAAACAAGACCCUGCAGAUCUUGAGUCUGGAGAUGGAGAUGGUUAUUUCCCUAUGGUCUUAGUUCAGAUCCCCAUGUGCAAUGAGAAAGAGGUUUAUCAACAAUCCAUCGCGGCCGUGUGUAAUUUGGACUGGCCCAAAGGUAGAUUGCUCGUCCAAAUUUUGGAUGAUUCUGAUGACCCGACAACGCAGAUGCUAAUUAAAGAAGAGGUGCAUAAAUGGCAGCAGGAAGGUGCCAACAUUAUAUACAGACAUAGAGUGAUUAGGGAGGGUUAUAAAGCUGGCAAUCUUAAGUCUGCCAUGAAUUGUAGCUACGUUAAAGAUUAUGAGUUCGUUGCCAUUUUUGAUGCUGAUUUCCAGCCUAACCCGGAUUUUCUUAAACGGACCGUUCCUCACUUCAAGGAUAAUGAGGAGCUAGGGUUGGUUCAGGCAAGGUGGUCAUUUGUGAACAAGGAUGAAAAUCUACUUACAAGACUGCAGCUCAUCAAUUUAGCUUUUCAUUUUGAAGUAGAGCAGCAGGUUAAUGGGAUUUUUCUAAAUUUCUUUGGGUUUAAUGGGACUGCCGGUGUGUGGAGGAUAAAGGCGUUGGAAGAAUCGGGUGGAUGGAUGGAGAGAACCACGGUGGAGGACAUGGACAUUGCUGUCCGAGCCCAUCUCCAUGGUUGGAAAUUCAUCUUCCUCAAUGAUGUUGAGUGCCAAUGUGAAUUGCCGGAAUCUUAUGAAGCAUACCGGAAGCAACAACAUAGAUGGCAUUCUGGGCCGAUGCAGUUGUUCCGUCUCUGUUUGCCAGCAAUUAUUAAAUCAAAGAUCAGCAUUUGGAAGAAAGGCAACUUGAUUUUUCUCUUCUUCCUGCUAAGAAAAGUUAUACUCCCUUUUUACUCAUUCACCCUUUUUUGUAUCAUUCUACCCAUGACAAUGUUCGUCCCAGAGGCUACACUUCCAUCAUGGGUUGUGUGCUACGUCCCUGCCACCAUAACAUUUCUCAAUAUACUCCCAGCUCCCAAGUCAUUUCCCUUCAUAGUCCCUUACCUCCUCUUUGAAAACACCAUGUCGGUUACCAAGUUCAAUGCCAUGGUCUCUGGCCUCUUCCAACUCGGAAGCGCGUAUGAGUGGGUUGUCACCAAGAAAUCUGGUCGAUCCUCUGAGGGCGAUCUCAUAUCCUUGGUUGAGAAACAGCCGACUCACCAAAGAGGCAGCUCAGAGCCAAACUUAGAGGAGCUGCGGGAGGAAAUUAAGCAACAAGCGCAGAGUUCUUCACGGAAGAAGAAGCACAAUCGGAUUUAUACAAAAGAGUUGGCGCUAGCUUUCCUUCUGUUGACAGCUGCAGCAAGAAGUCUCCUGUCGGCUCAGGGGAUCCAUUUUUACUUCUUGCUCUUUCAAGGUAUAUCAUUCUUGCUCGUGGGUCUAGACUUGAUAGGCGAGCAGGUCCAGUAAUUCAUGCAUACGCCAACAUCAUCUUGUCGACUAGCUGUGAAGACAGAAGUUAAUAAUGUCGUGGAAAUGUCAAAAACUGGAAGGGAAACACUUUUCCCUUGCAUUUCCUCCCAUUUUGAGCCUCGAAGACAUCUAACGGGAGACUGAACGAAAAAGACCGCCCGUCUCCUGGGAUCAUAGAUGAUCCGGUAUAGAUUAGUGAUGUUCAUUACUAGAUUACAUUUCUUUUUUCCUUUUUUUGAUUCUUUUUUCUUUAUAUUCUUUUGUAAGAAAAAUUGGCCCGGUGAGAAUUGGAACAACGGUGUUUGUUCAGAGGGCAGGCAGCAGUAGGAGUACCGUACAUCUUCUCGACCAAAAAAUGUUCAUGAUACACUAGUUUUGAGAUGGUCUGGAUGUUUGAGGGUGGAGAUUUGUCUCUUCUCAGUCCAGGCCGCUGGUUGAAGAAAAGCUUGUACAUGACAUAGUUUUUCAUUUUUAUUAAACUUGUUUUUUCUCA